GAAGCGCGUAUCGGAGGAUCUAAUCUCGUACAGCUCAGCCAUCAGCGCCUGCGAGAAGUCCUCGCAGUGGCCCCAGGCGCUAGAGCUGCUGGCAGACUGUUGCGCAGACUCCUUGGAGCUUGAUCUGAUCACCGUCAACGCCGUCCUGAGCGCCUGCGAGAAUGCAGCAGAGUGGCAGCGCGUUCUGGUGCUCAUGGGGGAACUGGAGGAGUUGAUGCUGCAGGCUGACCUCAUUACCUACAACGUCGCCACCAGCGCCUGUGAGAAAGCCGCAGAGUGGGAGCCGGCCUUGUCCCUGCUCAGUAAGCUGGGGGAUGCCUCUCUGAUCCGGGAUGUGGUGACGUACGGAGCAUCCAUCAGCGCUUGUGAAAAGGCCACCAGGUGGCCCGAAGCUUUGCUGCUUCUGGGCGAAGCAGAGGCAACGGUGCAAGCGAACGUGAUCAUUCUGAGUGCCGCCAUCAGUGCCUGUGAGAAGGGCAGCCAGUGGAUCUUGGCCUUGGAUUUGUUGGGCCAAGCCGGUCCUCGACGCCUUCGGGCGGACACCAUCAUGUACAGUUCAGCCGUGAGCGCCUGCGGGCGCGCGUUCGAGUGGCAGCAGGCCCUAAGACUUCUAGGCGAAGUCGAAAUGGAACAGUUUGCUCCAGAGAUCGUCGUGUACAACUCGGCCAUCACUGCAUGUGAGAAGAGCGAGAAGUGGGAAGCUGCUCUUCAUCUUAUGAGUAACAUGGAGGAGAAGGGGCUGCAAGCUGACGUAAUCACGUACAGCUCCGUAGUAAGUGCUUGCGAUAAAGCCGGCCGCUGGGAACUUGCUACUUGGUUCUUGAGCUUGGGUCGCAUCCGACAUCUUCAGCCAAAUGCGUUUACUUACAGUGCUGCCAUCAGCGCUUGUGCAAAGCAGGCAAAGUGGAGAACGGCACUGGCACUGUGCCAGGAAUCCCAAGAGAACGAGCUGCCCCCGAGUGAAAUCCUUUGGGGUUCCGUGAUUUCCAGCCUUGAGAAAGGCGGGAAGUGGCAGCAUGCCCUUCUCUUCCUGGCGGAAGGAAACAGCUAUGCGUUGUCAUUGGAUGCUGUCGCAUAUUCUUCAGCCAUCCGGGCCAGUGCUGGGGCACACCGGUGGCAGCAAGCUGUCGAACUCAUCCUGGAGGUGGAGUUCAGAGACCCAAAUUCAAUGGCCGUGCCGCUCAGCUGCGCCAUUGCUGCCUGUCAGAAUUCGUUGGCAUCUCAGGCAGGCCUGCAGAUGCUGGACAAGCUCGAGCCGAGCUUGGGGGCCUUCGCCACAGCCAGGGCUUGGGGCUGA